AAGCAUCAAAGCAAAGCAAAGCGUAGUGCUAACAAAAAGGGGAUGAUGCUGAGGAGAAGCGUGGCGGGGGACAAAGCAGGGCAUCCCUUGAAAGGAGCAGAGGAUCACAGCACUUUCAUCCCCAGCAUGUAAAUCUAUUGGCCCGGCCUUUACCGAGAUGCUCCUCCAUUCCCAACUUCUUCAUCACCCCCGAUCUCUUUAAAAAAUGGGGUUAUGCUUCAGCAAAUCCUCCCCUGAUUCGCCAGCCCAUUGUCACUACCAACAGCUUCCAAAGAGAAACCAACAUGCUCCUCAUCCCGCCACGCCCUCCGCCUCCCCCUCUUCCUCUUCCUCUUCCUCCCACCCUCAACUCGGUCCCAUUCUGGGCAAACCGUAUUUUGACAUCAAAACACACUACACUCUGGACAAAGAGUUAGGAAGGGGCCAAUUCGGCACCACUUAUCUCUGCACCGAAAAGCUCACCGGACUCAAGUACGCUUGUAAGUCCAUAUCAAGGAGAAAGAUGAGCAGCCGGAAGGGAAUCGACGAUGUGAAGAAGGAAAUUAUGAUCCUGCAGCACCUGACGGGGCAGCCCAACAUAGUGGAAUUCAAGGGAGCUUACGAGGACUGGCAUCACGUGCAUUUGGUUAUGGAGUUGUGUUCCGGCGGGGAGCUUUUUGAUCGCAUUAUUGCCAGAGGGGUUUACUGCGAGGACGAAGCUGCCGUCAUAUUCAGGCAAGUCGUCAACGUGGUUCACGUUUGUCAUUUCAUGGGGGUGAUGCAUAGGGACCUUAAGCCCGAAAAUUUCUUGUUGGCCACAAGGCACCCCAAUUCUCCCUUGAAAGCCAUGAAUUUUGGCCUCUCUGUCUUCAUUGAGCCAGGUAAAGAGUAUAAGGAAGUCGUGGGAAGUGCGUACUAUAUGGCCCCGGAGGUUCUAAGACGGAAUUAUGGAAAAGAGAUAGAUGUGUGGAGUGCAGGAGUCAUUUUAUACAUCCUCCUUAGUGGGGUGCCUCCGUUUUGGGCUGGGAACGAGAAAGGCAUAUUUGAUGCUGUUCUGGAAGGCAAACUGGAUCUUGAAAGCCAACCAUGGCCUUCUAUUUCAGCUGCUGCCAAGGAUUUGAUCAGAAAAAUGUUGGCAUAUGAUCCCAAGAAACGCAUCACAGCCACUGAUGCCCUUGAACAUCCAUGGAUGAAGGUGGGUGGUCAAUCAUCUGACAAGCCUAUAGACAGUGCCGUUUUAAUUAGGAUGAAACAGUUCAGAGCAAUGAACAAAAUGAAGAAACUUGCCCUGAAGGUAAUAGCACAAAACCUAUCAGAGGAAGACAUCAAGGGCUUGAAACAAAUGUUCCACAAUAUGGAUACAGAUAACAGUGGCACGAUCACACUUGAAGAACUCAGAGCUGGAUUGUCCAAAUUGGGAUCCAAACUUAACGAAUCUGAAAUACGGCAGUUGAUGGAUGCUGCUGAUGUUGACAAGAAUGGAACUAUUGAUUAUUAUGAAUUCAUAACUGCCACCAUGCAUCGGCACAGACUUGAGAAGGAAGAGAACUUGUUCAAGGCUUUCCAAUACUUCGACAAGGAUAACAGUGGACAUAUCACGAGAGAGGAGCUUAGGCAGGCAUUGACUGAAUACGGAAUGGGGGAUGAAGCCACGAUAGAUGAAGUGAUCGACGAUGUGGACACUGAUAAAGAUGGCAGGAUCAGUUACGAGGAGUUUGUGGCUAUGAUGAAGAACGCGGGAUGAGACGAGUGUGUGAGAAUGAAAUAAUGUAUCCAACGUGAUAAUAAGCCAAAGGCAUUAUGGAUUUUGAUUGC